AUAAAGUGAUUCCUGGGACAUCAAUUCCACUAUAUUUCACCCAGCGAUUUAUCGUAUUUGCUGCGUUGCUUCGCGGUCAAUAUUUUGCGCACGAUAGCGACCCGUUAACCACCGCACAUGAAAUAAUCAAGUUGUUUUUGCAUGUGCAUUAUCCGACUUUAUUUCACCCAUCUCAGUGACUGAGCACGAGCGCAUCGAUUGUGUUGCGGCGGACUAUGGACGAGCAAGCCCGGAUCAUGCAGGCUCUCGGCGGUGUCAGCCUGGCCGGUCACUCGGUGCAGGGAGGCAUGGCUCUGCCGCCUCCACAUGGACACGACGGAACCGAUGGGGAUGGAAGAAAACAAGACAUCGGUGACAUUCUGCAUCAGAUCAUGACCAUCACCGACCAAAGCCUGGACGAGGCGCAAGCAAAGAAACAUGGGCUCAACUGUCACAGAAUGAAGCCAGCCCUCUUCAGUGUCCUCUGCGAGAUCAAAGAGAAAACAGGUAAGAUAAUGCAUACCGAACAAAAAGGGCAAAAUUACGCACAGACAUGUCAAGAAGAGAAAAAAACAACAACAAUACAGUGCCACUAA